CUGGCCCCGCCCCGUUCCCGCCGUGCCCCGCGCUCCAAGAUGGCGCCGCCGUGGACCCUGCCAGUGCUGGCGCUGUUGGCGGCGGGGGCGGCGCUGGGCAGAGCCGGGGGGCUCUGCCGGGGGGGAACCGGCACCGGCACCGGCACCAGGGCCGGUGACACCGAGAGCUGCCGGGUGAGCCUGACCCUGGAGCACUCCUUCGAGCUGGAUGACGUGCCGCGGUUCCGCCGCCGGGGGGCGCUGUCCCUGAGCUGGGGCCCCGAGCCGGCGCUGGCGCUGGCGCAGAAACCGCUGGGGGAGGAGGAGAGAGCGCGGCUGAGGGAGGUGGCAGCGCGGGACGGGCUGUACCGGGUGCGGGUCCCUCGCAGGCCCCUGGGCCCCGGCGAGGAGGGUGGCACUGAGUUUGUCACCUCCUUCAUGAGGGCGUGUGCCCUGCUGGAGUCACACCUGUCGGACCAGCUGUCCCUGCACCUGGACGUGGCCGGGCACGUGGUGGCCCUGGGGGUGGUGGCAGCCCCGGGCACCUGCCGGGGCACCUGGGUGGAGGACGCGCACCUGGAGCUCUUCAACACCUCGGUGGCACUGAGACAGCCCCUGCCUGCUGCCACCCCUGAGACCGCCGCCUUCAUCCGGCACCUGGAGCAGGAGCAGGCCCAGCGCGCCCGGAACCCCCAGGAGCAGAAAUCCUUCUUUGCCAAAUACUGGAUGUACAUCAUCCCCAUCGUGCUCUUCCUCAUGAUGUCCGGAGCCCCCGAUGCUGGGGGGGCACAGGGGGGCGGCACAGGGGGCGGGGGUGGGGCAGGGGUCAGGUGAGACCCCCCCCAAAAUGGGGGAUGGGCAAUAAAGCUGUGUGAGACCCCAAAA